AUGGAGGCGGUGGCGACUGCGCUGCUGCGAGGGAGUGCGGCGGUGUGGCUGCCCUCACUCGAGACACCGCUUUCGGCGCUGUGGCUCAUGCAUCUCCUGCAUCGCGGCGGCAGGAAUGCGGUGGCAGACCCACGAGAGGCGGUGCACAUCAUUCUCUGCCGCAGUGAUGAGGUUGUGGCGGCCUUUACGCGCCAACAGGAGGAGGGUUUCUCUGUAGUGGGGCUGACAAACGGCUUUAGGGAGCAGCAGCUGCAUCGCCUGCCCCAACUCCGCGGUGCCGUUCCUCUCUCUCGCGAUGUGGGCGCCUCGUGGAUGGCGGGUUGGCAUCAUCGCGUCAUGAAACCUUCAUUGGCUAUGGUGGGGGAAAGUCCUUGCUGCGCGGACACGGUGGCGGCACGCAUCUGUCAAGACGCCUUCCACAGUAACGGGCGGAGGCUGUACGCCCUGCAGAUUGUAUUUGUGCCCCAGCAGGACAUUCUGUUGGUGUUGCGCAGCGUGGCGCAGUACGUGCGUGGGCUGCGCCUGGGCCACAGCCUGGAUGCAACGGCGGACAUGGGACCCCUCCUUGGGGCAGCGCACAUGGCUUCCAUGAAGGAUAUUAUCGAGGCAGCGGUGUGCUGCGGCGAGGUGAGGCUUCAGCAUGUUUGUGGUGGCUUUGAGGUCGCCAUGCCUGCGGGAUACUUUUGUCUCCCAUGUGCCUUUUACAGCAGCGUCGCCAACGUGACGCCUGCCGCGACGGAGGCAUCGCUUAACGCCGUGCUUGCAAUAACUGCGCGACUUCGUGGUGGGUUGGACCGUCUUGGCGGCGGCCCUUUUGUAAUUGUCUGCGGGUACAACCCACCGCAGCAAGGGGAGGUGCUCGAGAGCGUCCUGCGUGACGCGUCGUCGUCGUCGUCGUUCGCGGUGCAUCACUGGUGA